GCGGCUGUUGAUUAGACCUCCCUGGAUGCCCGCCGCAGCCCUCUGCUCUGGAGCCAAGAAAGCAGGGCGGAAGGGCGUUGUGUUUGCAUAUGUACUCGUUCAAUAAGAAAGAAAAUUCCCACUCCUGGUUUUCUGGAGCCCCUGAGCUCUUUCCCAAGGCUUCCCUUCUUCCCCGUAUGCUUUUUUUGAAAGGCUAGGAAUGAAACUGGUUCAGCUGUGUACCUGGUCGGGGGCGAGGAAGACGCUCUUCUGCCUCUUCUCACCUCCCCGAGAAGCAGGACGAUCUGGGGAUAGAUUAAAAAAUGAGGGAACAUGUUAUGAUGAAGGGACAUUUUCCCCCCAAGUAGUCUGCCCUGGGACACGCAAGUGGCAGUUAAGGGAUGUUGGAACCCAGCCUUAGGUUCUGAAGGCUCCUCUAAACUCUAUUGAUGUGACGGCCAAAGGAUAAGGCUUCAAGCAACUCGGAAAGCCGAGAGAACUGUUGCAACAGAGACCCAGGAAGCAAAGUCACGGUUGCAACAGCCCAUGAAUGAGGAGUAUUUGCUCAGGCUGUAGAAGAAAGGCUAUGAAGAAGGAGGAAGAGUUGGCACGACAGUAGGUUUUAAGAAAACAAGUCAAACAUUAUGGUAAUGUUUUCCUAUCGUGAACAAACACAUUGAUCACGAUUUGUCAGUUUGGUAAAGGGGAGAAUUUAAAAAAAAGAAAGAAAAAACACCUAACCAGGGAAGCUAUUUUAAUAAAUAAUAUGUACAGCAAUGUUGUAAUUUAAAGUCCUAACCAAACCAGGCCUGUGAAUCCAGUAUUCAGGAAACUGAGGAGAAAGAUUACAAAUUCCAGACAGGUUGGGCUAGAUAGAAAGAAUUUGUAUUUUAAAAAAAAUUGAGAGAUUAAUUUACAUCAAUCUCGAACAGAUUUUCGGUGUAAUAUAUGGAAAGGUACUAUACUUAGUCCUAUCUGCAAGUUCAGAUGCCAUAAAGGCGAGUUAUUGUGACACAUACACAAUUUGCAUGUCAUAGCCCUCCGAAAACUGCUCACUUGAGGACAAACACGAGCUGCUGGACUACAUUUCCCAGGAGGCACCGCGAUAUACCAUACUCCUCCUUGACGUCCCAUGAGUCUUUGGGCUCAGAACCCAGCCUCUGCCGCUGGGGGGCGGGGCAACGCCGGACUCCCGGAGUGCCGGAUUACGCACUUCCUCCUGGGGUUCGGAGGCCGAACCCUUUAGUGGCGGGUUCGAGUCCCGCCCCCUGACUCUCGGCUCUAGACCCUAGGUCUAGGGCGGGGUACAUUCUGCCGGGUUACCUCUCCUGGCUGAGGGGCAACGGCACACCUCGGGCUUUACCAUGGAGGACUACCUGCAGGACUGUCGAGCCGCUUUGCAGGUAACGGGUCCCAGUCCGUGACCGAAAGGAAUGCAGCGUGGGGUCUGGGAAGGACGAAGGUGUGGGAUCUGGGGAGCCCGGACGGUCGGUGUGGAGGGAUCACAGAGAUGGACGCGGGGGAGCUAGAGGACCAAGCCCUUCGGCCAUAGGCGGGAGAGCCCGGAGAAAGGAGUCUCUUGGUUUGCUUGAGUCGGGUCCUUCGGCAGAACCUGUGCGGCGGCCGCCAGCCUCGCCCGGCGAGGAUUCCAGGCCUCUACAUGUCGUGCUGGGAAAUGAAGCCUGCGACUUAGACUCCAUGGUGUCUGCUCUCGCCUUGGCCUUCUACCUAACAAAGACGUCUGAAGCUGAAGACAUCUUUAUACCAGUUUUAAAUAUAAAGCGUUCUGAGCUUCCUCUGCGCGGGGACAAUGUCUUCUUUCUCCAGGAGGUUAAGAUUCCAGAGCCAGCCCUGAUCUUCCGGGACGAGAUUGACCUCCUAGCCCUGCACCAGGCUGGCCAGCUCACCCUCAUCCUUGUUGACCACCAUAUUUUACCCAAAAGCGAUGCAGCUCUGGAGGAGGCCGUAGCAGAGGUGCUGGACCACCGACCAAUUGAGCAGAAAUACUGUCCUCCCUGUCACGUUUCAGUUGAGCUGGUGGGGUCCUGUGCCACCCUGGUGACAGAGAGAAUCCUGCAGGGGGCACCAGAGACCUUGGACAGACAAACUGCAGCCCUACUGCAUGGAACCAUCAUCCUGGACUGUGUCAACAUGGAUACCAACAUUGGGAAGGCAACCCCAAAGGACAGCAAAUAUGUGGAAGAACUGGAAGCCCUUUUCCCAGAUCUGCCCAAAAGAAAGGACAUAUUUGAUUCCCUGCAGAAGGCCAAGUUUGACGUCUCAGGACUGACCACUGAACAGAUGCUCAGAAAGGACCAGAAGACAGUCUACAGACAGGGCACCAAGGUGGCAAUCAGUGCAAUCUACAUGGACUUGAAGGCCUUUCUGCAGCGGACAGACCUCUUCACAGAUCUCAGUUCUUUCUGCCAUGAUCACAGCUAUGAUGCCCUGGUUGCCAUGACUAUCUUUUUCAACACUCAAAAUGAGCCAGUACGGCAAUUAGCUAUCUUCUGUCCACACGAGGCACUUCGAAUGACAAUCUGUGGCAUCCUGGAACGAUCCACCUCCCCACCCCUGAAGCUGACACCUAUCCCAAGCACCUCCCCUAACCUCCAGGCCUAUCACCAAGGCAACACCCAGGUCUCUCGGAAGAAGCUGCUGCCUGUGCUCCAGGAAGCCCUCUCCGCAUAUCUUGACUCAGCGAAGAUGGCUUCGGGGCAGUCUGAGGUAGCUGUGGGUAUGUCUAGGGAGCAGGUGGACAAGGACUUGGACAAGGCAAGUAACUCCCUGAUUUCUGGGCUGAGUCAAGAUGAGGAAGACCCUCCGCUGCCACCCACGCCUAUGAACAGCUUGGUGGAUGAGUGCCCUCUGGAUCAGGGGCUGCCUAAGUUCUCCGCUGAGGCUGUCUUUGAGAAGUGCAGUCAGAUCUCACUAUCCCAGUCUGCCAGAGCCUGCACAUCAAAUAAGUGACCAUUGGAAGUAGGGUGGGGAAGUGUGGAGGAGGUGACUGGCCUGCCUCAAAUGCAUGUUUUGAGAUGUUUGACCACUUCAGCAACUACGUCAGUGGCUUCAGGAUCGGGUGUACUGUUCUCAUAACCUUGGGAGGAGAAAGAGAAAGAGAGCGGCUGCUGUAGGGACAGCUCUCUGCCUCUCCUCUCCUGGCUCUACCAGUAAGACAAGAUUUAUUUAAUUUUAUUAUUUAAUCUGCACUGAUUUUCCUGUCUUUGGUGGGUACAGUGUGAUAGGACCACUGUCCUGGCAGAGCAGGACUAAAGGAAUGUAGACCCCAUCUCAGUGUCUUCAGAAGGACUGUGAACAGAGGCAGCGUCUGCCAUGAAACCAGUUCACCGCUCCUCUCCAUGAAUUGACCUUUUCAAUUUUUUUAAAGUUAUUUUUGAGACAGAGCCUCAUGUAGCCCAGGCUGGCCUUGAGCUCUGUAUGUAUCUGAGGCUAGUCCUGAAUUCCUAACUCUCCUGAGUGCUGAGAUUGUCAAGCACUGCAUUAAACCUGGCUGGUCUCUUGUCUUGACUUCCUAUAUCUUUGGCUCCUUCUGUCUCAGAAUGAUGGGAAGCCUGACGGGGACCUGAGGAUUGAGGUCCUUGCUUUCUCCUGGUGGCCAUGGGACCUCAGAGGCAUUUUUGCCAAGAGGGCAGAACCUGACUGAGCCCUGGAUAUCCCCUGUCUUAGUGGGUCUGCCAAGGUCUUGUCAGUCUUUUUCUGGUUUUGCUCAAGUUGAAGAAUGCGUGGAGAGUCUUCUGGUGAGACAUCCUCUGUCCCGGGUCCCAUUUCCCCACCUGUAACUGAGGUUAGGAAAAGAUGUGCCCUUCCUUCCUCCCAGCCUUUCUCCCCUCUGCUUCCUCAUUACUUUUGUCCUCCCUGGGAGCGUUCGCGCUCUGGGUCACUGGAUUGUUUCGUGUUUAUGUGUGAUUGUACCAAGGAACUUAGCCUCAUGUAGCAUGUACAGGGUUGUAAUGGUGACCCAGCAGCGAGCUCUCUCCCAGUAAUUUGUUCCGCAUGUGUAGUCUCCCCUCGCCUCCCCCACCUCCCAUCCCCCUUUUUUCCAAUCAAGCUGUUUCCCCUGUUCUUACCCUAUAUAAGUUGCAAACAAUAUCGCUGAACAGUAGGGUGUGUGGUGGUUUGGGGCAGUCUGACUUCACUUUAGUGUAUGACGUCUGUAGCCAAUGGGAACGUGAAAUAUUGGUGCGAUCACUGAACCAAAGGGAUUGUGUUCUGUGACUUUGGUACUUUGUUUUGCAUUUUUGUUUCAUAUUAAAUACUUUCUUUCUGUUUGA